CUUACUCUUGUGUUCAUGGCUUAUAGGUCUAUCCACAUUGUGGCUCUGGGCAGUGAGUGUCCUGGAGGAGUCGGGCCUGGGGAGGAGAUCAUGAGCCAGGGACAGCUGCAAGGAGGCCUGCUUUGGAGCUACCUGGGCCAUGGAGCUCUGGUGGGACCCUGCGACCUGGAGAGCAGUCUGAACAACCCUGCCUUCAUGGAGUACACCUCGCGUGUGUUUGGAGAUGUCACUGUAGUGGUUCGGGAUUGUCCCAGCUGGGACUUGUUGGACAGCGAUUGGGCGAGUGUACGGAAAGUUCUCGAGCAGGCAGACAUCCUGGUCAUUAAGUACUCAGUCACUGACAAACUGGCCUUCCAGCAAGUCAGGAACGGCUACGCCCCGAGGCUCCGCCCACUGCUGAGGCACUGGGGCGUACCAGUCAUCCUCGUUGCGGUUGGUGCACGACUGAAUGACGAGGGUCCUCCCUGUACCUGCCCACUGUGCGCCUCUGACUGGAGCAGCUGUGUGCCUCACAGUGAAGGUCUGCAGCUGUCCCGGGACCUGGGGGCCACGUACCUGGAGCUGCCUUCUCUCAACCACGUCUUUGUUGGCCGCUACUUUGGCAGUGUGCUGGAGUACUUCAUGAUUCAGUGUCUGAAACACAAAGCCAAAGAGAGGCCUGAAAAGAGGAGAGGAAACAAAGUGAAUGAUCUUCGUCCUCCUCAUUUAGAGCAACCAGCUCGUCUUCCUCCCAUCCGUGUGGAGGAGUCCAGCUUCUCCCAGGAUAUGCAGUGGUUGUUGGAGCGUGGCGUCCAGUUUGCUGAUGUGGCUUUCUAUGCCAGCGACUCGGGGAAAGAGCUGGGGUGGGCGCAUGCGUCUGUGCUGUGUGCAGUCAGCCCUUAUUUCAGACAGCUGCUUCUGGGACCCAAGACCAGGGAGCGUCCACAGUCACGGUGUGUUUGCAGAGAGCGGGAUGGAGGCCCACAUUCACUGCUGUCCACCUGGGAUGGCGGGAUUAUUGAUGACAUGCCACGUUCGGACGGGCACGCGACAGGACGACUCUCCCGUCUGGUGGUGAAGGACCCCCUCCUGUGUAUGUGCCUGUGGGAGACCCUCAUGUUUAUUUACAGAGGAGCGUGGGAGUGGGAGCAUCUCCAGGAGGCCCUGGAAGAGAAGCUGAAGAACUCGCUGGCUGUUGCUCAGCUUAUGGAGUGCAUACGGUCUCUCAUUGGGAAAGAAAGGGGGUCCAGGGAUACCCCGAGUGCACGGGCAGCUCAGCUCGGUCCACAGACGCUCGUCAACCUCUUCAAUUCUCCUCUUUACUCUGAUGUCAUCUUCAUGGUGCAAGGGAGCGUGUUGCCCGCUCACCGGGCCGUGUUGGUGGCUCGCUGCGAUGUCAUGGCAGCGAUGUUCAGCGGGAAAUAUGCAGAGGCCCGGAGUCGAGUGGUGCCCAUCCAUGGAGUCUCCUCAGAUGCCUUCCUCUCGUUCCUGGAGUACCUCUACACUGACUCCUGCUGUCCUGCCAGUGUGCUGCAGGCCAUGGCCGUGCUCGUCUGUGCCGAGAUGUACCAGGUGAAGCGUCUGCAGCACCUGUGCGAGGUGUGUGUGUGCGCGUACCUUCAGAGCAUGCCCAGCAGAGAGCUGGCAUCCACGGGGAUCAGCGUGGUCCGACUGCUGCGCCGAGCAAAGUGCCACAAUGCUGAGCAGCUGUACGUCUGGCUCCUGCACUUCAUCGCUAACAACUACCUAAUCUUCAGCCACAAACCCGACUUCCUGGAACUGUCAGAGGAGGAGCGUGAGCAGGUGGAGAGGCUCCGCUGGCCGUCGAGAGGCUACCUGCAGGAACUCAGUGAGUAUCAGCAGCGGCGGCGCAAACUACGCAAGUCCCGCUGCAUAGUCAUGUGACCCCCCCACAUGGAGGCCAGAAGCCUGUGAAGAAGGAAGGGAGUGGAGUCAAGAGGAGGAACAAUGACAGAGACCACACUCAUCGACAGGAGCAACAAGAAGAAAACAUGGUUAAGACUCCUGCACUGACAGGACAGCAUCGUACGCACGGUAUGUUCAGCAGUGACAUACAACACUGUGACACGCCGCUCUUUCCUGUGUGUGUGUGUGUGUGUGUGUCCUUCACAUAGAGACUACUCCAUCAUGGGAAAUACAUAACGCUCGAUCCUUGAAUCCCAGAGUGAAUUUAAAAUGACUGCCUGGCCACUGGCCAAAGCUUCAGAGGAACAUGACGAGAUUUCUAUUGCUCGUACAAAACGGUGGAUUACAAAGACGAACGCUGACAAAAAUGGAUCCAUUCCAAGUACAAAUAUGUAUUAAAGUAAAGACGGCACACCAGGACCACGUGUGGACCGAUCCAAACCACAGUGACCGGUUCAAGGAGGAGGGACAAAAAAAAAACGACGACAUCUCUGUCUCUCAUGUUCGCUGGACACGGGACGGCUCCAUGUCUAAUUAAACUCACAAUGACACACGAUGCAUCUGUGUCCCCGUAAGUCUCAAAAUUAUGCAUUUGUUAAAGGGAUAUUUCAGGGUGUUUUUCUUUUAAAGUGUGGAGGUAUGUUGUAGUGACACAUUCACUUGUUCACUGAAAACAUGGUUCGCCUCAUUAAAUCUUCACCAGCUCAAGUCUGCAAUAUCUUAAGAAUAUGGUCACUUAUGGUUAAUCUCGCUGUUAGACAGCCUUUUUAAGACCACAAAUGGAUAUUUGCUUUGUAAAUCCCUCACUCCUCUGCACUUUCCCCAUCACUACGUUCAAAUGUGUGAAUUGUUGACUUCUGUAAUUGAUAUCAUUCUUCUAAAAUGACCCGGUGAGCUAAAAACACUAAACCUAUCCCUGUGUAUAUAACCGAUGAAGAGAUCACAGACUUUAGCUGGUGCUGAUUUUAUUAAUGACUUAUAAUUCACUGCACUUAUUAGCUAACAUGACUGAUGUUUGGCUGAAUGCUUGAUUAUGACUGAUUAAUAUUUAGUUAUUAAACAGACUGUAAAGGUGUGCGGUCAGUUUACCAGCGUGUAACCUGUCAGAGAACAUUUAACUGCAGUUACUGACAGGAUCACAUCAACAAAUGAUCAUCGCCAACGUCAGUGAUGAGACGACUCAUUUCUGCAAUAAAUAAAGUUGUAUGGAUUAUAGAGG